GUUGAAAGGGGGCUAGGGGUGAGACUGUCUCAAUGCUUAAGAGGAACUAAACCAAGCCAGUCAGCUCUUCUAAGAGAGGAUGGCUGUUGUGGAUGCAGUGCUGGGUCGUCUGCUAGAUGGACUCCUGGGUCUGGGAGGUCUCCUGUCUCCUCUCUGCUCCAUCUCUGUUCUCCUCCAGCUCUCUGCUCUGGUUCUCCUCCUCCUCCUGUCCCUCCGUGUCGUCUGUCUGCUGUGGAGCCAUGCUCAGUUCACCAGACGUCUCCGGUGCUUCAGUAAGCCGCCCACACACAACUGGCUAAUGGGACACCUGGGAGAGAUGCGGAGCACGGAGGAGGGUCUGCAGGCGGUGGAUCAGCUGGUAAGAACCUACAGCCACUCCUGCUCCUGGUUUCUGGGGCCCUUCUACUCCCUGGUACGCCUCUUCCACCCUGACUACAUCAAGCCUCUGCUGCUGGCGCCAGCUUCCAUCACAGUCAAAGAUGAGCUGUUCUAUGGGUUCCUGAGACCAUGGCUGGGACAGAGUCUUCUCCUGAGUAACGGAGAGGACUGGUCUCGUCGCAGACGCCUACUCACUCCUGCCUUCCAUUUCGACAUCCUCAAGAACUAUGUCAAGACCUUUAACCACUCCACCAACAUCAUGCAUUCUAAGUGGCGCCGCCUGGUGGCCGAGGGAAAGAGCUGCCAGGACAUGUUCAGUCACAUCAGCCUGAUGACUCUGGACAGUCUGCUCAGAUGCACCUUCAGCUACAACAGCAACUGCCAGGAGAGUUCCAGUGACUACAUAGCAGCCAUCUUUGAGCUGAGCACCCUGGUGAUCGAGCGGAGAGGUCGUAUCCUGCACCACUGGGACUGGCUGUACUGGAGGUCCCCAGAAGGACAACGCUUCAAACAGGCCUGUAGUGUAGUACACAGGUUCACCAGCACUGUGGUCCAGGAAGCGCAGAGCACAGCUUCUCCUCCAGGGGGAGCCGAGAGCCAGGCUGACGCGCACAGGGGGGAGGAGAAGAGAAAGAGAGUAGCAGACUUCUUAUUUGUUACUGCUGUCAAAGGAGAACAGGGCGGUGGUCUCAUCAAUGAGGAGAUAAAAGCAGAGGGAUACUUUGUUUGGAGACUUUAUUCUCUCUCAGGUCAUGACACCACGGCCAGCGGGAUCAGCUGGGUUCUGUAUAACUUGUCUCAGCAUCAGGACUACCAGGACCGCUGUAGAGCCGAGGUCCACAACCUGCUACAGGACCGACAGACAGAGGACAUAGACUGGGAGGACCUGAGCAGCCUCCCCUUCACCACCAUGUGUAUCAAAGAGUCUCUGAGACUGCACUCCCCUGUGUCUGCUGUCACCAGACAAUACACUCAGGACAUCACGGUGCCAGGGGGACGGGUCAUACCACAGGGUGAGGACAGGGGGGACGGGCCGCGGGUGAGGGGAGGGGACGUCAGG